GUAUAAAGGCAUGCAUGACUUCAAUUUUUCUGUAAGCACAAACCAAACACGGCCUUAGUCUGCCGCCGGCGAAAUGGAUGAGUCCUGGCGACGAAGAUUCGGAAUGCAGGCGCAUCUCGUGACUGACUACCCUCCCCGGAGAUCAGCCGAGGAGGCAAUCUCCGACCGCCGGAAGUCCGUGCCUGAAGACGACUGCUUGGACCCCGAAGACUUCAGCGACGUUUUCGGAGGGCCGCCUCGAACGGUUUUGUCACGCCAAUUCUCCGCGCGCGGCUUCCCUACGCGGUCCUCGUCCACGACAACUUUCUUCUACGAGGAGAUUUUCCGGCCGUGCCAGAAGACAGCGACGGUUGAGAGGAAGAGUGGCCGGAGCUUGCCGCAGUUCAGGAUCCCCGGCGAACAGAGGAGGAGAAUUCACGAUCAGCGUGGACGCGAGCUCAGCGGUUUCUACAGUGAUAUUUUCGGAUGGGAAGAAGGUCAGCAUAGAGCGGUGAGGUCGAGAUCGAGAUCCAUGGCGAGUUCUUCGUCAGUUCUUAGCUCGGAAGACCUCAGUCCUCUCCGGCCGGCGGUUUACAUCGACGACGAAGAUGAAAUUUCCAUGUUCGCUCCGAAGCUCAGGCCAAUAAAUGUCAAGUCCAGGUGGAAUUGGGAGAGAACCGGGAGCGAAUACGCAGGCAAUGAACCGAUUCACAAAUCUGAAAUCGACAACAUGGAGAGCUUGAGGACCUGCAACUAUCGAAGAAAUGCAUCUCCGGAGACGAUUAGUCUAGACCCAAUAUCGAAUGGCAGUUUCAGAGCGUCUGCAAAAAAUUCAAAGCUCAAUUCACCACCGUCUGCAGUUUCUUUAGUUUCCCAAUAUGAAGAUCAAAAGACUGACGACGAAAUUCAUGAGGAGCAGAUUCCUAUGCAAGACGCAGACGAACUAGAGGAAGAAGAUGAAUCAUUGAGCUCAUAUGUUAUUGAGAUCAACUCUGAUAACAGAGAAGGUACUUGUGAAUCAAAUGCUGUCGACGAAGCAAUAGCGUGGGCAAAAGAGAGGUUUCAAACUGUACAAGAAUGUGAGAAAGAAAACACCUCAAAAGAAAAUUUUAAAGGUGGUCAUACAGAUAGCUUCAGAUCAUCCGAUGAACAACAACACGAUAUAUUGGCUGUGGAAGAAGUAACAACACAACUCGAAAGCAUGGUGCAGAGUGAAAUGCAAAUACUAGAUGAAAAGAUAAGGCUGUGGUCAACUGGGAAGGAACGGGACAUCCGCCUCCUAUUAUCUUCUUUGCAUCAUAUUUUAUGGGCUAAUAGUGGAUGGGUACCUGUUCCUCUCACAAAUAUUAUCGAAAUAUCGCUAGUGAAGAAAGCUUAUCAAAAAGCGCGGCUGUGCCUGCACCCGGACAAGCUGGAGCAAAGGGCCGCCACACUUGCUCAAAAAUUCAUCGCCGAGAGAGCUUUCUCCAUUCUUCAGGAUGCUUGGGCUUCAUUUAUAUCCCAAGAUGUUCUCUGUGGAUGAGAAAUUGUAGUAAAGAAAGCAACUUUGCAGGCGUACGAGCAACUUUGAGUUUUGAUCAUACAUGUGUCCAUAAAUAGUUUCAUUUCCCACACAAUGAUCUUAAAAUACAAGCAAGGGGUUUGUGUGUCUAAUGUUUGUCCCCGCUAGUUCGAAAUUUGGGCAAUAGAUAAGACACAGAUUCAAACUACUACUUAAAACGAUAAUAAUAAUAAUCACAAUGAAGCAUCCAAACAAACAGGGACCGAGACUCUGUGAGACGGGCUCGUUGUUACUCCUCAUCGUCAGUUUUCCAGACGAUAUCCUUCAGCCCAGUCGAAAGAUUCUUGUAAAACUGCAUCGUUGACGGAUUGUACCCGAUAAGACAAUCUUGAAGGUUGGAUGUAAUAAGUAAUGUAUUGUAAUAAUACCUUGUGAAAUUCUAAGGUGUCUCCGGCAGCCUUGCGCAGCUCGACCAUAUGCAAAGAA